CGCUAAGGAGACAAGAACAUCCACAGGCUCUUAUGAGAAAGAGUGAAGGGUGCCGAGAGGGGACUCCUCGGGCCGUGGGAGCCUCACGGUUCUUACCCCUGGACUCCCAGACUGCCAGGGUCCCUUCCUCCAAAGCCCGGUCACCUAAGGCCUGAGCCCCCGGAAAGAGGGAGGAGGGUCGAUUUCAAAUACCCCCAGCCCCGCCUCUUCCCCCUGCCCUGCUCAGCUUCCUCUCUCUGCGAGGAACACUUUCACUUCCUGCUACUCCAGGCCUCCCCUCGGAGAACAGGUAGGGGCCCCCAGGGACUGAACAGCUGGCAUCAUCACCCGCCCACUGACCCACUGCCUCCCUGUGGUAUCAGGCAGCUGCCGCCAUCCCACCCUGCCCGGCACCACCCAUCUCCUUCUCCCCUUCUCAUGGGACCCAGGCAAGCAUCUGUCUCCCUCCCCCCACCCCUCCUGACUGCUCUCCCCUGGCCAGGGCACCUGCUCUCUGUCCCCCACUUCCUAAUACCCUGGGCUUCUGGUCAGUGGGCUGAUUGAUUUGUUUAGCUGUUUAUUUUCCAUCCCCUAUACCCACCCCAAGAAGAAUGGAAGCCCCUGGGAGCAGGGGCCUAUUCUGCCCAUCACCCUUUUCCCCAGGCACCCUUUCACCCUAAUCUGGGCCUGUACUCAAUAAAUAUUUGUUGGCUGUAUGGGCGCACGGAUGGAUGGAUGGAUGCACGGAUGGACCUAGGACUCCUACUCCUGGGACUGCUGCAGGGAAAAUAUUUUAGAAUGCCCACCUUAACUGAUAACCCACUGUAGGACUCUCUACCUGGUUAAAAGGGUUGGGGUCCGAUGGAUAGAGGGACAGAUGUGUGAUAAAGCAAAAAGAAUAACAGUAGAAUCUAGGUAGUGGGUAUAUGGAUGUUCCCUGUAAAACUAUUUCAGUUUUUCUGAAUGUUUGAAAUCUCUCAUAAUAAAACGUUGGGAGAAAAUAUUUGAGGGCUCCUCUGUGGUCUGGGAAGGGAGGGAGAGGAAAUGUUGUAUAACAUUUGUCACAGUUACAGAGUGCCUGCUAUGGGCAGAGCCCUUUUCCGGGCACUGUAUUUUGACAAGGGUUGUUAGUUAGCUGGUCCACAUUCAUAAGGCUGCACCGGAUGUUAUAAUCUGAAAUAUUACCCUACCGCUUGGUAAAUAGCUGUCAUUUUGAGUCAUCUUCCUCCCCAACUACGUCAAGACUCAAGACUCCUGGGAUCCCCAGAUCGCCCCACCAUCCAGCAAAUAAAGAAUUAAUACCUGGCACAGCAAGGGGUCUCAAGUCCAUUCUGAUUGGUCAAGGCCUCUGCCAUGGGGGUUGUAAAUAGACUUAUCUUCCUCCCUGCCAGAGGCCAGACCAUGGCUCACUGGCCUUCUGCAUCCUGAGGAUGAUGGCACAGCCAGAGGACAAGGCCUCAGCAGGCCCCACCGAUGGGGAGAGGUGAGGGCUGCUGGGGCUGUCUCCAACUCUUGCCCCUGAAUUCAGAAGCCCCUUCCAUCCAGUUCCCACCCGCCACAGGACCCAGAACCCCAUCUCUGACCCUUUGCCCCUGGGCUUCCCCUUCCUGUACCUUUGACCCCAUCUCAGUGUCCAACUGCCUUCCUCUGUGCCCUGGUCUCCUGGUCCCUGCGUGUCCCAGACUAAUCCCAUCACAGGCGAAUGGAGCAGGUGAGACCCCCUUAAGGGUCCUUGGGACCCCAGAGCCACUCCUUCGCCUUCAGAGGACAUGGGGGGUGUGGCAGAUCCCAGAGCUGGAUGCCCAGGAUGCAAAAGCCCUUCUGGAGCUGUGGCCACCAGGGAGUUUCCUGGUCAUAGGACAUGAUCCCAGACAGGUCCUUGUGUUGAGGACAGGACCUUCACCAGGGGAAAUCAACACCUACCAGAUCCAGAAGCUUCCUGGAGGUGUGUCUCUGGAGUCCUCUAACCUCUGCAUGUCAGACCUGCCCCAUCUCCUGGCCUUCCUAUCAGCCAGCAGGGAUGUUUUGCCCAGAACACUGCUCUUGCCCCCUCCCACUCUAGGGCCUGGAGACCAAAACACAGGUCCUCUGCAGAUUGGCAGCAUCCAACUCAACACCUCAGGGAGGGUGUACUUUGCGGUGAACAAGCUCUACCUGGAGACCCACAGAGGGUGGGAGAUGGAGCAGACGCCCCCAGAGACAACUCCAGAGACUGCCGACAGACAUGGUCCAGCCCCCAGGAACCCAGCCCCUCACCAGGUCUCCUGGGUGGAAGGCCCACUCAGCCCAGAAGUACACCAUCCUAGGCCAGCUCUGGCCAGCCCGGUGGAAGAGAAGGAGGAAGAGGAGAAGGAGAAGGACGACUACAAAGACGAGGAAGAGGGAGCUGAGGAUGCGCUCACGCAGCACAUCCAGGCUCUAGCCAGGGCCCGGAGCAGCUACGUGGCCAGGCAGUUCCAGGGCUUUCGGGUGCGCCUCGCCUCAGAGGCUGAAGGUCCCCACAGGCCUGGGGACCCGGCCACAGAGCUGCUUCAGGAUAUGCGGCAUCUCCUUGCUAACCUCCAAGAUCGCUUAGCAAAGGACCCCGAUGUCAGGGCUGUCUUUGAGAGCAGGGCGCCCGGGGCCCCCCAGAAGCACGAGGAUCUAGGCCCCGCGGUGGAGGCGGCCCUGUGCCGGGCGGUGCUGGCGCCUCUGAAGCCGGCCCUGUGGACUCGACUCCGCACGCUCCGCGCCCCAGCUCUGCGGCAACUGCGGCGGCGACAGAUAGCCCUGCGGGCGGAGGCCGGGCCUCCGGGAGCUCAGGGGGCGGGGCAUGAGAGGCGGGGCCCCGUCCCCACCCUGCGAAGCCGCAUCCACGCGCGCUUGGCGCGCCUCCACUCAGCCUGCGCCCCGCGCCGCAAGGUGUCGCUCCUGCUGGCGGUGUGCAGUGACGUCUACGAGGGCCUGGCUCGGGACGAAAACCGAGAGCCCCUGGGGGCCGACGCCUUCCUGCCAGCGCUAACAGAGGAACUAAUCUGGAGUCCGGACAUUGGGGAGACGCAGCUGGACGUGGAGUUUCUCAUGGAGCUCUUGGAUCCGGACGAGCUACGGGGAGAGGCCGGGUACUACCUGACCACGUGGUUUGGGGCCCUGUACCACAUUGCCCACUACCAGCCCGACACGGGCCGCGCGCCCCAGGGGCUCAGCUCUGAGGCCCGGGCCUCCCUGCGCCAGUGGCACCGCAGGCGGACGCUGCAUAGACAGAGCCCCAUCGAAACCCAGGCCAAGCUGCCCUUUGAGGAACCAUGGGCAAUAGAGAUUGUGCAAGAGGCCAAUGAUGAUUAGAAUCUCAAACCCUUCUGCUCCGCAAGCAAGAUUCGGGAGGCACCUAGGGCAGCACCAACUUCUGACCCCUGUAAUUUAGACUGGAGGCAGCAAGAAGGAGGGGUUCCCAGGAAAAGGAACCGGGUCUGAGGGAAGACCUCUGAGCCUUUGCAUUGGCUGUCCCUGCUUCCUGGAAUGCCAUUCCCGAAUAUCCACACUGCUCCUUCCCUCCCUUCCUUCAGGUCUUUAGGCAGAUGUCACCUUCUCAGUGAGGCUCUCUUCCAGACACCCCUGUCUAAAACCACAGCUUCUCUGGCUUGACCCUCUCUGUGGUAAACAGAAUAAUGCCCCCCCAAGAUGUUCACCUCCUAAUCUCCAUAAUCUGUGAAUAUGUUACCUUACGUGGUAAAAGGGACUUUACAGAUGUGAUUAAAUUAAGGAUCUUGGACUUCUCUGGUGGUCCAGGGGUUAAGACUCCGCGCUUCCACUGCGGGGGCUGCGGGUUCGAUUCCUAGUGGUGGAAGUUCCGCAUACCGUGGGGUGCGGCCAAAAAAAAAAAAAAAUUAAGGGUCUUGCGAUGGGAAGAUUACCCUGGAUUCAGGUGGGCCCGAUGUAAUCCCCAGGGUCCUUAUAAGCGGGAGGCAGUGGGGUCAGAGUCAGAGGAAGAGAUAUGAUGAUGCAAGCAGAGGUCGGAGUGAUGUGUCCAGGAGCCAAACAAUGUAGGCCUCCUCUAGAAGCUGAAAAAGACAAGGAAUGGAUUUUCCCCUGGAACCUCCAGAAGGAACUCAGCUUUCGAUUUUGUUUUAUUUUAAUUAAAGUAUAGUUAAUUUACAAUGUUGUGUUAGUUUCAAAUGUACAGCAAAGUGAUUCAGUUAUGUAUAUAUAUAUUCUUUUUCAGAUUCCUUUCCAUUAUAGGUUAUUACAAGAUAUUGAGUAUAGUUCCCUGUGCUAUACAGUAGGUCCUUGUUGUUUACCUAUUUUAUGUAUAGUAAUGUGUAUAUAUUAAUCCCAGACUCCUAAUUUAUCUCUCCCUCCCUACCUCUGCUAUCCCUUUUGGUAACCAUUAGUUUGUUUUCUAUGUCUGUGAGUCUAUUUCUGUAUUGUAAAUAAGUUCAUUUGCAUUUUUUUUUUUUUGGAUUCCACAUAUAAGUGAUACCAUAUGACAUUUGUCUUUCUCUGUCUGACUUACUUCACUUAAUAUGAUAAUCUCUAGGUCCACUCAAGUUCAGCCUUUGAUUUUAGACCCUAAGACAUAUUUUGGACAUCUGACCUUUAGAACUGCAAUAGAUAAUAAAUGUGUGUUUUUUUAAGCCACUAAGUUUGUGGUAAUUUGUUACAGAAGCCAUAGGAAACACUCCCUUACCCUGAUCUUUAUUUUUUUCCAUAGAAGCUUUCACUUCCAAUCAUUCCAUAUAAUAUACUUAUUUACUGUGUUAAUUGUC